AUGCGAGGCACCACGGAAACAACCACCAAUUCAUACAUUCUACGCAGUCAUCGAUCUGGUGACAUAGGCUGGAUAGUAUAUCGACAUGGCGCUCUCUACAGAAAGGAACUUGGAUGGGACGAGCGCUUUGAGGCUCUCGUAGCCCGCAUUACCGCUGAAUUCAUCGAGAACUACGAUCCAGAAUCUGAACGAUGCUGGAUCGCUGAGCGGAACGGAGAGUUCUUAGGCUGUGUGAUGUUGGUCAAGGAUCGAAGUUCGGACGACAAUGUUGCCAAGCUACGACUUUUGCUUGUGGAACCGAGUGCACGGGGGCUUGGGCUUGGUCAGACACUGAUACACGAAUGCACCAAAUUUGCACGAGAGGUGGGCUAUUCGCGAAUCAUUUUAUGGACAAACAGUGUGCUCACUUCGGCACAUCGACUAUAUACGAGAGAGGGUUAUCAACACGUGAAAUCGGAAGAACAUGAGACGCUCGGCAUCAAGCAGACUGGAGGGCUCUGGGAGUUCUGGGAACUAUCACUGUAA